UCGAGUACUCGCUGGACACGGAUGUACGGAGACUCUGCUUGCUUAAAAUCCAGCUUUCUGCUGCUCUUUGCUCACUCCAUACCCUGGCCUGCUCGAACACACAAGUCGAUCUAUCAGCAGUACCGGAUACUCUACCGAGUUUGGGAAAAGAAGAUUUUUCCUAGUGAUCAUGUCUUUAAGCUGCAGUUUUUUACUUGAAAAAGCAAGCUCAUCAUGUGGAUGCUAAUUGCAGUACUUUGAAAAAUAGAUCGACCAAGAAUCUUGCAUAUAUGUUUCUCAAUUCUGUUUUACAGUUUUUUCAGCUAGCGGAAUUAAUUCACGGUGUACGGGUACACUUAAGAAUGAGAUACCAUAGGGAGAAGGGGGUGCGGGAUCCGGAUAUUGAGGGGCAAAUUCAUAGCGGAACAGUUCAAAAGUGGACAGUAAACUUUCUUCACCCAGAGGGAGAGUUCCUUCGAAUCUGGAAAUUGAUUUUCUUAGUGUCGUGCGUAUUUUCGGUAUCAGUGGACCCUUUGUUCCUUUACCUUCCGGUGAUUAAUGAUGAAAGAAAGUGCGUUGCAAUUGAUAGAAGAUUACACGUCAUAGCUAGUUGUUUGCGAAGUGUCCUGGACUCGAUUUCGCUAGGAAAUAUCAUUUUGCAAUGUUGUUGUCCUUGUAUAGACGAGAACGCUCGUCCACAUGAAGGACAGGAUGGAGUACAGCUAGUCACAGAUGCUUGGCCAAUAGCAAAGAGGUACUUGUGGUCACCCUCAUUCGCGAUUGAUGUCCUGUCAAUUCUUCCAAUCCCACAGGUGCUAGUUCCAAUUAUUGUUUCAGAAAUGCGAGGUUCCAAUGCUUUGAAAACCAGAAAAAUGCUGACCGCUGUUGUCGUAUCCCAAUAUGUGCCAAGAAUAACUCGUAUCUAUCUGUCUUGGAGAAAAGUCAGAAAGAUUAAUACAACCCUACCUCCAAUUAUCAUAAUGGUGAAAGCUGGAUUAAUCAAUUUGUUUCUGUAUACCUUUGCCAGUCAUGUACUGGGUGCGUUUUGGUACUUUCACUCCACCCAACGAGAGACGGCUUGUUGGCACUUUGCGUGUGAAAAUUAUAUUGGAUGUAAUCGAAGUUCUUCGUACUGUGAUCACAGUUCUGGAAAUUACACAUUUUUAAAUGAUUAUUGUCCCGUAGAGAAAGAAAAUCCAACAAUGUUUGAUUUUGGAAUAUACCUUGAAGCACUUCAAUCUGGUACGGUGGCAUCCAUGGAUUUUCCGCGGAAGUUCUUUUACUGUUUUUGGUGGGGCCUGCGAAAUUUGAGUUCUCUUGGUCAAAACCUUCAAACAAGUCCCUAUUUCUGGGAAAACUGCUUCACAGUUUUGAUUUCGAUCUUUGGCUUGCUUCUGCUUUUGUACUUAAUCGGAAAUUUGCAGAUGUAUAUUCAGUGGCAGACACAGAAACAGUUGAAGACAUACAUGGAUGAGAAUGAUAUUGCAAAGAUGAGAGGUAAAGAACAAAGUGUGCAGUUCUGGAUAGAAAGAAACAAGCUACCAAGCCAUAUAAAAUAUCAGACCAUGCACCACAUAAAAUCAAGACUACAGGAAAAAAAGAAUGAUAUAGAUGCGGAGAAUCCAUUCCCUCACCUUCCCAUAUUUCUUAGACAGGAGAUUAAGCACCAUCUCUGCUUGCCCAUGCUAAAGAAUGUCCCAAUGUUUCGAGAAGUAAGUGACAGCCGAUUGCAACUCAUCUGCGAAUAUAUCAAUCAUGUGAACUACAGUCAAGAUACCUACAUUAUUCGGGAGGGAGAACCACUUGAUCGAAUGCUCUUCGUCACAAAGGGCGUUAUUUGGAAAUUUGCAACCACAAAUAACAAUAAUGGUGUGGGAAGUACUGUCUCCUCAAGCCGCGGGGAGUGUAUUGAAGAAGGUUGUUACUGUGGAGAAGAAAUUCUAAACUGGGGGUUCCAUGGCUUCUCCCAACAGGUCCUGCCCAACCUAUCUGACCUCCCAAUCUCUGACAAAACGCUCAAAACCCAUACAAAAGUUGAAGCCUUUGCUCUAAUGGCGAACGACUUGAAGGCUUUAGCCUCCAGGUGUGCCGGCCCAACACCUACAGAAGCAGUCCUUAUGAUACAAGAAGCUUGGCGCCGCAACAAAAAAGUACGCAAUUGGCGAUCGAGAGCUAGCAAUACCUAACUGGCAUGCACUCGAUCGUUGUGGUUUAGGAUUAGUACUCCUUUUAUUUAACAGCUGCUUACACAUUACAAGAAAAUUAUUUCUUUGCAAUCAGUUAUUUUUAAUAUAUCAUUUUUAGAUUUUUAGAUUUGCACAAUAAUUUUCUUUGAACUGCGAUCACAGUUUUGGAAAUUACACAUUUUUAGAUGAUUAUUGUCCCGUAGAGAGAGAAAAUCC